AUAUCAGGCUGCGCAGAAACACAAAGGUUCAUUUUUGGUUACUAACCGUAUUUUUUCAUUUAUUAGAAAGCUGACAGAAUGAGAUUUUUUUUUCCUGAGGUCACAGCAUGAAAUCAUUUUAAUUUAAUGGCUGCUGAAGGAUGAAAUAUAAAACAUGGAGAUAACAGACUGAACUAAAAUUUACCAAGCUCAUAAAAUGCUGUGCAGAAAAGAUUUUAUUUUCUGUUCCAUGUUCAGAAGAAUUGUGCAGAAUCGAAAGAGAGCCAUUUAUGUUGACUGCAAGAGCAUCCUUCUCACGUUUCCUUAAAACAAAUUUGGAAAACAUGUUAUUGCUGUCCUUACACUUUUUGACAUUCUUGUUUUCUUUGUGUCAAGCUGAGGAUGUCAAGGGUUAUAUUCCUGGAAAGGGUUAUGGACCAGUAUUUGAAGAACAGCCAGCUGAUACUAUUUAUCCAAUAGAAUCUACAGAUGCAAAGAUUUCUAUGAAUUGUAGAGCACGUGGAAGCCCUCCUGCUGUAUACAAGUGGACAUUUAAUGGAUGGGAAAUUGAUUUGACAAAAUCAAAUGAUCAUUAUAGUAUAGUAGGAGGAAACUUGGUAAUUAACAUCCCUGAAAAAAGCAAGGAUGAAGGAAAGUACCAGUGCAUCGCAAAAAAUGUAUUUGGCACUGUGGUCAGCAAGGAAGCAACCCUAAAAUUUGGAUAUUUGGACACAUUUUCAACAGAAGAACGGCAAAUAGUGAACUAUAAAGAAGGCCAGGGAGCAGCACUCAUAUGUGAUCCUCCAGACCAUUACCCAGAUGAUUUGAUAUAUCGCUGGAUUUUUGAUGAAUUUCCUAACUUCAUCAAAAUGGAUGAGCGAAUGUUUGUGUCACAGACAACAGGCAAUCUCUUCAUAUCUAAAGUUGAAGUGGCUGACAAAGGAAAUUACUCUUGCUUUGUAACCAGUCCCUCUAUUUCAAAAAGUGUCUUCAGCAAAUACAUUUCACUAACUCCCAUGGCAGAACGUUCAGUGAAAAAAUAUCCUGCAGACAUAAAAGUCAAGUUUCGUGAGAUGUAUGCAUUUGUUGGACAAAAUGCCAGCCUUGAAUGUUUUGCACUUGGAAAUCCUGUUCCAGAAAUACGAUGGCGAAAAGUAGAUGCACCUCUUCCAAGCAAUUAUGAGAUAACUAUGUCUGGUGCAGUUUUUAACAUUUAUAAUGUGCAGCUUGAAGAUGAAGGCUUGUAUGAAUGUGAAGCUUUGAACAUGAAAGGAAAAGAUGUACACCAAGCAAGAAUAUAUGUUGAAGCCUAUCCUAGCUGGGCAGAGCACAUAAAUGAUACACAGCGAGAUAUUGACAGUGACAUGACUUGGUCCUGUGUAGCUACAGGCAAACCAAAACCAACCAUCAGAUGGCUUAAAAAUGGAGUUGCGUAUGGUACUGGUGAAAUGAAAUUCUAUAAACUGACACUCUAUGAUGCUGGAAUGUAUCAAUGUAUUGCUGAAAACAGACAUGGAUCUAUAUAUGCAAAUGCUGAGCUAAAAGUGUUAGCUUCAGCCCCAGAUUUUGAAAUGAAUCCUGUGAAAAAGAAGAUUUUAGGUGCCAAAGGAGGAAGAGUGGUAAUUGAAUGCAAACCCAAAGCAGCUCCAAAACCCAGGUUUUCAUGGAGCAAAGACACAGAACUACUGCAUAAUAAUUCAAGGAUAUUAAUUUGGGCAGAUGGAAGCUUGGAAAUUUUGAAUGUUACAAAAUUGGAUGAAGGAAAGUAUACUUGCUUUGCAGAAAAUGACAGAGGAAAGGCAAAUAGUACGGGAAGUCUUUCAGUGACAGAUGCAACUAAAAUUACCCUUGCACCAUCUAAUGCUAUUGUAAACGUUGGGCAAAAUGCCACAAUGCAGUGCUAUGCUUCUCAUGAUUCUACACUGGAUUUAACAUUUAUCUGGUCUGUGAAUAGCCAUAUCAUUGAUUUUGAUAAAGAGAGCGAACACUAUGAACGUAAUCUCAUGAGUGAAUCAAGUGGGAAGUUGCUAAUAAAAACUGCACAAUUAUGGCAUGCUGGAAGGUACACCUGCACAGCUCAGACGAUCGUUGACAACUCUACCGCAUCAGCUGACUUAGUUGUUAGCGGACCACCGGGGCCUCCAGGUGGAGUUCGAGUAGAGGAAAUUAAGGACAAUAGUGUAAAACUGUCAUGGAGCCGUGGAGCAGAUAACCAUAAUCCAAUAUCCAGAUACGUCAUUGAAUCAAGAAACAUGCUGUCAGAAGAAUGGAAAGUUGCUAAAACCACUCCAUCAGUUAUAGAAGGAAACAUGGAGUUUGCAAAUGUGUCCUACUUAAUUCCUUGGAUGGAGUAUGAAUUUCGUGUAUUUGCAGUAAAUACGUUAGGAAUAGGUGAACCUAGUGUACCUUCACCUAAAGUUAAAACUUUAGAAGCAGCGCCAACUGUGGCACCAUCACAUAUUGGAGGAGGUGGGGGAAGCAAUAGAGAAUUAACCAUUACUUGGAUGCCAGUGCCCAGAGAGUAUCAUUUUGGCAGUAACUUUGGUUACAUAGUUGCCUUUAAGCCACAUGGGGACAAAGAAUGGAGAAAAGUAAUGGUGGCUUCUCCUGAGGCUAGACGCUAUGUACAUAAGGAUUCAACAAUCACCCCAUCUACUGAAUUCCAAGUGAAAGUGAAAGCUUACAAUAACAAGGGAGAGGGUCCAUAUAGCCUUACUGCAGCUAUCUUCUCAGCGCAAGACGCUCCUACAGAAGCACCUCUGAUGGUAAAUAUUCAAACUCUGACAUCCUCAGAGGCUGUGAUUAAUUGGCUGCCUGUUUCACAGCAGUCAGUAGAUGGAUAUCAGAUUCGAUAUUGGAGAACACAAGAUACAGAAGCAGCUGCACAAUUAGUACAAGUAACCAGCCAGGAAAAUUCAACCAGACUGGAAAAUCUACUGCCAGAUUCACAUUACCGCCUUGAAGUCAGAGCCUAUAAUUCUGCUGGAUAUGGACCUCCUAGUAUUCAGUAUGAUAUCUACACUAGGAAAGCACCACCAAGCCGUCCACCAAAGAUAAUCAGAAAACAUAUUGUCGGCUCCCAUGUCAGCAUUAUGUGGGAGCAUGUUGAACCCUUGGCAAAUGAAUCAAAAGUUGAAAGCUACAAGGUUUUGUACAGACAACAAGGGCAGCUUGGAGGGACAUUGUAUUCCACUGGUAAACAUUUCAUAGACAUACCACUACAUAAAGAUGGAGAUUAUAUUGUGGAAGUUCGUGCACAUAGUGCUGGUGGAGAUGGAGCAGUUGCCCAAGUCAGAAUUGAAGGUCCACGUGGAGGAACUGCCUGUGUUACACCUGCCACUACUACCAGUUUGUUAUUGUUGGUCGUAAUUGCCAUUCGUUGCCUGGAGCUGUGAAUGUAGCUACACUUUUAUUUUCUUCACUUUAGUGAAGAGGACUCUGUAAGGUUCAAGCCUAUGAGAACUUUGGCUCUUUCCAGAACUCCUGGUAUCUCCCUAAAGCCAAAAACAAUUCUCUUUUGGAAUAUACAUAAGAUGAAAGUUGUAUUGUGAAUUAUAAAAAGGACAAAGGCAUCUGGGAAAAUCUUAACUAACAUAAAAUAUGUAUCUUUAGAAAAGAAAAACAAAUCAACUUGUUCAAUAUGCCUUAUCUAAAACUCUUACACUGGUCUUUUACUAUUGCAUGAUUUGGUCUAAUGGUGCAAAAUACCAGUAAUAAAAGUUACAACUACAGAGCAAAUGAAAAAAAGAUACAAGAAGUCAUAAACUAACAUUUUAGUUUCUAAAAAUUAAAAAAAGGAUUUAUUAGAAAAUUCAGGUGUAACUGGUUAAUGUAAGAGUAAUUAGGAUCUGUCUUGAAUGUUUGUGUUUUUCCAGAUUUCUAACAACUUCUUUCUUUGUUUUUCUCUGUUGUACAUCAAGCACCCACUCAUUUAAAUACAGUCAAAUCAAAGAGCUCUAGUGCAUAGCCAUAAUAACCAUCUCAGUAGUGCAAGGUCCACUAAUUUUAACCGAAAUGAACUGUUAAUACAUCAAGCCAAUGAACACUGUCAUUUCUGGCUUUUCAUAAUAUUUUUGUAAUUUUUCUUUUAGAUAGAUAAGACUUUUUAUUUUACUUACUAUUUUACAGUCUUUUACAAAGUGCAAAAGUUAAACCUACUAACAGUAUUUUUGUUGCAAUUCGAACCAGUUUUCUUUUUCGAUAACAUACUUCAGUAUUGCCAUUUCACUUUGAUCAUAUCAUGUCAUCUGACUUUUUCAAUAAUGAACUGUUGCCAUUAACGUCGAUGCCAUCACACAAAAGAUCUCCUGCGAAGAUUUCUGAGCGAUGGUACUAUCAUCAAAACGAAAAUAAAGCCCAUUCAUUUUAUUUAAGUAUAUACUGUACAUAUACAGUGUACUUGUGGAGUUUGUCUGAGUGUGUAACACACACUUACGUAUGAGUAAAUAUAAAUAUUUAUAUUUCUACACUUAAUAACCCUGUGAGCUUACCUGGGAUACACGAUUGCAGAAAAUGCACACACAAUGAUAAAUAUUUUGCUCAGUUAUAAGUCAGGAUACUCCUAGUAGGCCUUUGACUCAUUAAAUGAGUUGAUAUUUUGGACUUGAACCUGGAGCAAAAGCAUAUCAGUACUUGUCUAGAGAACAACACAGUUCUUACCCACCACCUCGGUACCCCAAAGACUUCAAAAGAUUAUGGAUGAAAGGUUAGACUCAAUGGAGAUUCAGGAAGACUUGCUCUCUUGUACCUAAGAGGAAACACAAAGUUGUCUGUGAGUAUGUAUUGGAUCAUUAGGACUCCUGUUCCCCUGCUCCACUUAGGUGUGAUUUGGGAAGGGAGGGUCAAAUUGUAGAGUUCUUCCUGGAUAGAUUAAGCAGGACAGUCUGCUUUGUAUCCCAGUUUUUAUGUUUUGUAAAAUUAUUUUUGAGUUGUUUUUGCACUUGUCCUAAAGUACCCAGAUUUUGAGUAUGAAGGAAUAAGAUGACGUAAUUGUAUAGUGUGCAAGUGUGUUGGUGCACAGUAUGUGGAUGUACUUAACGUUGUCAAGGGGAAUACUGAAACUCAAACUACAUCUAGCAAUGCUGUAUAUUACUGUUGUCCCCAAAUGGUGCUCUGAUGUAAGCAGUGAUAAUGGUGACAGCAUUUAUGGCUUUUUUUUUCAACUUUAAUAACCAGUAUACUCUUAUGGAAAUUAAUAGUUAAUAUCUAUAACAAAAAAAAAAUACAAAAAAACUAAUACAUCCAAAUUAAAAAAAAAAAUGAAAAUGAACUUUGUUUUGACUGUAUCUUUGGGAAUUCAGUGUUACAUUGUGGUGCUGUGUAAAGAAUGUAAAUUUAGAAGAUGUUUUGGUUUUUUUUGCUUUUUAUUUUUUUAUUGUGUGUUUUCCAUUCUGAGUGUGAUUAUUGAUGACAUGCAGUGAUUCUGAAAAAGCUGGCUCAAGUAUUAGUGCAAUGUCUAACGCUUACAGAGAUGCUGGCUUCGAAUAACGUUUUAGUAGCACAACUUGGCUAGCUCAGUAGCGAUAGUUCCUGCCAUUUAGGAUUUAUGCAGUAAAAUAUGAAAGCUGUCAAAAAUAAUAGGCACAAUACUGCAUUAAAGGAUUCUUUGUUACUGCAGUAAUGUAUCAUUUUACAAGAUGUCUUUAAAUGUGAGGGGAUCAAGUUGGAGUUUUACUUUGUUUAAACUUAGGUUUUGAAGAUUUUUUACCUCUUUCUUUAUUGAUAAAAAAAUUAACACUGUUUUACUGAAGCUAGAAAUUUAUAGCUACCAUAAAAUGUAAGCAUUUCUAAACAUUUAGAUUCUGUUGUAAACACAUUGGUAUGGUUAACAAAGCCUAAGCUUUUGCAUUGUGCAAACCACCAAAAAGUGCUUUUUUUUCUAAAUAUUCAGCAAAAUCACUAGAAAAAAAUGCCAAAUGCAUGAAUGCCUUUAACUAUUAAGCCUAUGAUAUUCAAAGUCAAUUGGUACGUUUUAUUCUGCAUGAAAUGAAAAGGAAGGUAACACAUCAUUUAAUCUUAACUCCAUUUGAACAGCAGCUCUGCUCACAUACUGAUCAGGUGACUAAUUUGCCUUUGCUGGAAUAAACUUCAGUAAGUUUGAAUGAAACCCUCUGUGUUGGAAAAUACUGUAGAUAAGUCUAACCUGUGUAUUAUCUGCUUACAUAAAGCCAGUCUUCUGAAUUAAAGUUUAUAUCAACUACAAUA